CCCCUUGUGCAACUUGCGGGAAUCGGAAUAUUGAACUUGCAGCAAACAGCAAUUAAGGCGUUGGAUAAUCUCUCUUUAAGCUGGCCGAAGGCAGUUGCUGAUGCCGGGGGUAUAUUUGAGAUUUCAAAGGUUAUUGUUCAAGAUGACCCCCAACCACCCCAUGCUUUGUGGGAAUCGGCUGCACUGGUUCUGUCCAAUGUUCUAAAUUCAAAUGCUGACUACUAUUUUAAAGUACCACUGAUUGUUCUUGUGAAGAUGUUGCAUUCAACAGUAGAUAGUACUAUAACAAUAGCUCUUAACGCAUUGAUUGUUCAAGAAUCAACUAUUGCUUCGAGUGCUGAAAUGAUGACUGAAGCAGGUGCAAUAGAUGCUCUGUUAGACUUAUUAAGAUCUCACCAGUGUGAAGAAGCGUCUGGAAGACUACUCGAAGCUUUAUUCAACCAUACGAGGGUACGAGAAAUGAAGGUUUCCAAGUAUGCAAUAGCACCUUUAGCACAAUAUCUCUUAGACCCACAAACUAGAUCAGAGUCCGGCAAACUUCUUGCAGCUCUUGCUCUUGGUGACCUCUCCCAGCAUGAAGGACUUGCUAGAGCCAGUGAUUCUGCCUCUGCAUGUCGUGCAUUGAUAAGUUUGCUUGAAGAUCAGCCAACGGAGGAAAUGAAAAUGGUGGCCAUUUGUGCAUUGCAAAACUUCGUCAUGCACAGUAGAACUAAUAGGCGAGCUGUUGCUGAAGCAGGGGGCAUAUUGGUACUUCAGGAACUGAUUCUUUCUCCUAAUUCAGAGGUUGCUGGGCAGGCAGCAUCGCUCAUCAAAUUUUUGUUUUCAAAUCACACACUUCAAGAAUAUGUAUCAAAUGAUCUUAUCGGAGCUUUGACAGGUAAGCUACCAACGAAACAGUUCAAUCCUUUGUUACUAUAUUUCCUGAUAUUUAGUAUUGCGAUUUUCACGUCCCAUGCGUGGUAUAUAUAUUCAACAAGGAAUGUAUGUUCAUAUAUCAUUGGCAUCUGAAUCAACAUAUGUUCA